ACGAAACGUAUUCAUGUGACAGAACAGCUGAGCCCGCUGAAAAAAUAUUUAUUGUGUUGACAUCACAUUCCUCUCCCCAUCUAAAAAUGUGUUUAAUGUGUUGACACCGACCAUGCACGGGACAGCAACCACAAAUAUCAUCAAGUAAUUGUGUAUUAACCUCAAGAUCCAAUCUACCUAUAUCACAAAAAUGUCAGCGAGUAGAUUGGAUGCAGUCUAUCGCAGUAUACUUAUUACAAAAUUUUUCACUAAAGGAUGGGGAAAGCCUGAAAAUUUACGUCGGUUAUUCGAGUUUAGAAAAAUAGUAUCGAACCGAGAUGAAUGCUUCAAGCUCGUUGAGAGAGACUAUGCAGUUACAAUCACUAAGCAACAAAAACUCUCAGACUGCACACUACUGGAAGGGUACUUUAUAUCACCACUGCACCGCUACUUGCCCGGGAUAGUGCCGGAAGUGGCACAGAAGGCCCACUUCCAGGUUCUCCUGCCUAUCCAUUGGCCAGAGAAGGGAGUUAAACCCAUGUGCUUGCAUCUGGCUGGUACCGGUGACCAUUUCUUCUGGCGGCGUCGGAAUCUGAUGGUGAAGCCGCUCAUCAAGGAAGCUGGCAUUGGCGGCAUCAUCCUCGAGAACCCCUUCUACGGCCUACGGAAACCGACGGACCAGGUACGGUCAUCUCUCCACAACGUGUCAGAUAUCUUCGUGAUGGGUGGUUGCCUGAUUCUGGAAUCACUAGUUCUGUUCCACUGGUGUGAGCGGAACGGACUCGGCCCUCUCGGCGUCACCGGACUGUCCAUGGGCGGUCAUAUGGCGUCGCUAGCAGCCACAAACUGGCCGAAACCCCUGGUGCUAGUGCCGUGCUUGUCCUGGUCAACCGCGUCUGCAGUGUUCCUACAGGGUGUCAUGUCACAAUCAAUAAACUGGGAUUUACUAGAAGACCAGUACCUCUCGGACGGCGAAUACCGCGAAAAACUCAGCAAAAUGGUCACCAUCGUCGACGAGGCUUUUCUAGCGGGGAAAAAAUUCGCACAGACCUACCAUCCCUCCACCCAUCCCAUCUCCACCACCGUUGACAUGGCUAAAAAACUAGACGUAACUUAUAAGGAGGCCAAUGUGGAAAAUCCAGACAUCGUGGACAUGACAAAGAAUAUGGAGGAGUCAAAUAAAAAUGUGCCAAAGAAAGAAGCGAAACCGUUUCCGAGGGAGGCUUUGAUUCAAGAGUUGCAGAGGCUUCUGGACGAGAAGAAGAUUAGUCAGCAGUUGUAUGAGAAGUUGUUGUCGAACGACAAGUUUGAGCUGCUGCCGCGGGAUAUUGACGAUAUCAACAAGUUGACGGAGGAGAAGAUUAAUGAGAUAUUGAUGAAGUGUAAAAUUGCCGAUUUAAGAUCAACAGGUAUUGUUGAAAACAAAACCGAACCAGCCAAAAGCCAAAAGACCACUGGCGCCCAAUCCAUUUUAAAACCACCAACACAACUCCAACCAAUCCCGGAGACCAAACUAGUCAAAGCCAAGAGUAAAUCCUGGACAGUCUCGGAGAUAACUUCUGAUCUGUGGUCGAAUCUGUCUUUCAUGAAGAGUAAGAGCGAGAAGAAGAUAGACUGGAGCAAGGUGCACUGGAGGGACAGAGAGGCACUGCAGUUCAUGAGAGGGAUCAUGGAUGAGUGCACGCAUUUAAGUAACUUCUCUGUGCCGUAUGACACUUCGUUGAUUAUUGCUGUGUGUGCGAAACACGACGCGUACGUACCAAGAGACGACGUGGGCACGCUAGAGGAGAUCUGGCCCGGCGCUGAGGUGCGCUACGUGGACGCCGGCCACGUGUCCGCCUACAUCCUGCACCAGUCGCUCUUCAGGUAACAUUACACUAGACACGUGGGCACGCUAGAAGAGAUCUGGCCCGGCGCUGAGGUGCGCUACGUGGACGCCGGCCACGUGUCCGCCUACAUCCUGCACCAGUCGCUCUUCAGGUAACAUUACACUAGACACGUGGGCACGCUAGAAGAGAUCUGGCCCGGCGCUGAGGUGCGCUACGUGGACGCCGGCCACGUGUCCGCCUACAUCCUGCACCAGUCGCUCUUCAGGUAACAUUACACUAGACACGUGGGCACGCUAGAGGAGAUCUGGCCCGGCGCUGAGGUGCGCUACGUGGACGCCGGCCACGUGUCCGCCUACAUCCUGCACCAGUCGCUCUUCAGGUAACAUUACACUAGACACGUGGGCACGCUAGAGGAGAUCUGGCCCGGCGCUGAGGUGCGCUACGUGGACGCCGGCCACGUGUCCGCCUACAUCCUGCACCAGUCGCUCUUCAGGGCUUGCAUAAAAGAAGCAUUUGAAAGGUCAAAGAAAAAAUGGAAAGACGGCAAACAUAUUAACUGACGGUAGCUUUCACCUCAAACUAGAACUACGUAGUCUCUUCAAUAGGUAGCAAAUAUCCUCACUGUAACAACUAACUGGGCAUGGUUAGACUUAGACCUUAUGCUUUUAUUAAUAAGGUUUACUAAUGGUCAGUUACUUGUGACAACGAUGAUAUAUGCCUGAUUAAGGCGGUAUUCACAUUGCGGAUCCGCUUCCCGCGCCGGUGUUCGAGCGAGACAUUGCUAUAUAAACCCAUAAUGUUGUCUCGCUCACAUACCUGAGCGGAGUGUGUCGGCAUCAGUGUGGUAACCUUGUUACUUUUAGACUAAUCGGUAAGCAAAGAAACAUAUUUUCAUAUUGAAACUAUAAAAAGCCAUAUAGGUGUGAUACGAAUACGAAAUUAUGCAAUAGGAUAGAUUAUCCGUCCUAAGGCCCAGCUAUACAAAUGAAAUUUCCAAUAUUUGUUACUGAAAUUUUAACCUACAGUGUAGGGAAUAGAGUUGAUUUUGUUUUGUUAGAAAAUUUAACAAAACAAAGCAAUUGCAACUCUGUUCUAAUUGAAAGAUUAAAAUUUCUUCGAACUGAAUAUGUCCUAUAGGUAGGACGUUGGGCCUCAGGAGGAUAUAAUAUAGACGUGUGAUAGCUUUACAAUCUUUACAUGCAUAAGAAAAUGUACAAAUUAGAAUUAACUUGAGCUUAUGAAUGUCUGUGUCUGAAUAACAAUAAUUAUUGAAACGUUAACAUUUCUGUAUAGACUGUAUAAUUGCUCAAUGUCUAGUUAAUAAUGAGCCUUGUAACCAUACUAUAAGGUGGAAAAUCGGGCACCUUAUUAGUGUCAAAUUUUAAAACUUUUUAUACUAUUAGACAAUGUAGUCAAGUUUGUACUGUACUUGUUUCGCUUCUGACUUUAUCACGUGAAUGGUAAUUUUUAAGCCUAUUUUGGCGUUUGAACGUAUUCGAUGUUUUAUCAUAAAAAAUCGGUAUCUCAUGUAUUGGGUAUGUGUAAAGGUCCAAGCCAUCUCAGCGCAUGUUUUGGCAUAAAUAUAUACUUUAUGACCGAAUUUGUUUGAAAUUAACUGUCAAGGAACAAUUUUCCGAAAGCCAGGCGACAUAAACUACACAUAGCCAAUAAUGGAUAUAAAAUAAAUGCCUUAUUUUACACAUAUCUGACGUGGCCAAUUUCAAGGUAUUUUUGUCAACAUUUUACGUGUGUGAAUAACAAAAGCUUUCGCGUUAUUGUGAGACGAUCCUAGUUAUUUACAUAUAUUUAUUUAGUCCCAGAAUAGUGCAUGGAUUUAUUAUAAUUGAGCUCUUCUGAUACAGUUAUGCUUUUCAUAGAUUUAUUACAACACAAGUGUAGAUAGUGUAUUCUUUUUUGAGAUACGAAGUUAUAAUUUUUAUAAUAAAUAUUGUUUUAUG